UCUGUCGAAAUCAGUGGCGCCGCCAGCCAUGGAGACCCGAAACACACGCCGAUCUCUCCAUCUCCCAGAAGAAAUCAUCGAAGAAAUACUGUCAAGACUUGCGGUGAAAUCAGUGUUGAGAUUGAGGUGCGUUUUGAAGUCAUGGCGGUCUUUGAUCGACAGCGAAAGAUUCAUCAAAACCCACCUCCAAAAUUCACUAAAAGACACAGCUUUUUCCCAUCACAGGCUCAUUCCUUAUUAUUCUCUGACCUUGAGCGGCUAUAGGGAGUUGUUUUAUAUCGUGGGUUGCUGUAAUGGACUGGUCUGCUGCAUCAUUCACGAGUUAGGGCGUUUUUUCUUGUGGAAUCCUGCCACCAGAAUCUCCAAGGAAUUACCGAAAAUAGAGAAUGUGGAUAGGCUCUUGUCCACAUACGGGUUCGGUUGGGAUGAAUCGACCGGUGUAUACAAGGUGUUUGUGUUGUUUUACCCUAGCAGCAGAGGCAGCAAGCGUAUGGGUAAGGUUUAUAGUUCAAACACAAAUUCAUGGAAAACAGUUGAGCGUUGUGAUUUUCUUCGCGUACAUGGUAAAGGGCAUUUUGUGAAUGGAAAGCUUCAUUGGCUUAGGGAGGAGAAGAAUGUUAGGGAAAUUGUUACAUUUGAUUUGAAGAAGGAGGAGUUUGGAUUGAUGAAGCUUCCAUACGAGUCAAUAUCGGUGAGGUUGGGCGUGAACGAGGGUCGCCUAAUUACGACGUGUGAAAAUAAGGAUGAGUUUGAUAUAUGGGUAAUGGAGCAGGAUUCUUCUUGGGUGAAGGUGAAAGCCACGGAUGUUGUUGUUUAUGAGCCUUCGUCUGAAUGUAUUUUGUUGCAAGACCUACUUUGCACAUCUCAUGAGAAUAGCAUAUUAAUUUUUGGACGGGCUUAUAAGGUAUUACGUGGAUCGACUUUAAAACUCUACGAUCGUGUCUAUCACAAGAAAGGCGAAGCUUACUCGCCACCGCAUCUCUACGUCCAAACUUUAGUCUCUCCGGUGCUACUAUCAAGUAGCUAGGCUAUUCGGAAUUCAGCAACCCUUGCUCCGCUCCCUCAAUUCUUUUAAUUAAUCUCUUUUUUUUUUUUUUUACUUUGGCAAAUACUUUUAGAUUGAUGAAGAAAAAAUAUUUCAUUU